GGAAAUCUCACUAUCAGGAAGUUGAAGAACUUUUCGGCAAGAUUUUCAAUAUUCAAACUAAAAAGGAUGAAAGCGGACUUUAAUUUGUGUUAAUCAUUUCAAUCGCUCACAAGUCUGAGUCAACAGGAGCUGCCGGAGACGCCAUGAACCGCAUCCCCCUGCAGCAGCCGCAGAGCUGUGGGUCCUGGGAGCUGAAGGAGGGUCUGGGGACCGGGGGCUUUGGAAAUGUCACCAGGUGGCAAAAUAAGGAUACGGACGAGCAGAUUGCUAUUAAACAGUGCCGCCAGGAGCUGAGUGAGCGAAACAAGGAGCGAUGGUGUCUGGAGAUACAAAUCAUGAAGAGGUUGGAUCACGCUAAUGUGGUGGCGGCAAGGGAGGUUCCUGAGGGGAUGCAAAAGCUUGUGACCACCAAUGACCUGCCACUGCUGGCAAUGGAGUACUGCCAGGGAGGAGAUCUGAGAAAGUAUCUGAACGUCUUGGAGAACUGCUGUGGAAUGCGAGAGGGCUCCGUUUUGAUUCUGUUGUGCGACAUUUCUUCAGCGCUGACGUACCUCCACAAGAAGCGGAUCAUCCACAGGGAUCUGAAACCUGAAAAUAUUGUCUUACAGCAGGGAGAGAAGAGGUUGAUCCACAAGAUCAUCGACCUCGGGUAUGCAAAGGAGCUGGACCAAAGCAGUCUUUGCACCUCGUUUGUGGGAACGCUUCAGUACUUGGCUCCAGAGCUCAUCGAGAGGCAGAAGUAUACGGUCACUGUAGACUAUUGGAGCUUCGGAACAUUGGUGUUUGAAUGCAUCACAGGAUUUCGCCCCUUUUUGCCAACUUGGCAACCUGUUCCCUGGCACAAUAAACUACGAAUGAAGCAAGACAGUGAUAUUGUUGUCUAUGAGGACCUCUCUGGUGUUGUCCGCUUCGCCAGGCAUAUUCCUCAGCCCAACAACCUUAACAGCCUUUUAGCAGAGAAGCUGGAGAGGUGGCUGCGGCUGAUGCUUAAAUGGUCUCCGCAAGCAAGGGGCAAAGAUCCUGAAGCCACGCCCAGCAACUGUUUCUCCCAGCUGGAUCUUAUUCUUCAACUCAAAAUAGUUCACGUUUUGAAUAUGAAGACUGCUAAGAUCCUGACAUACUCUGUCACGGAUGACGACACUGUGGCUAACCUGCAGAGGAGGAUAGAAGAGGACACAAGCAUCCCUGCUGCCAAGCAAGAGCUGCUGCUCGAGGCCGGUCUCGCCUUUGAGCCUCAAACGUUAGCCACACAGUGCGCCAUUGAUUACAGCGAUAUAGAUGGCCGACGGACAGACUUACCUCUCAUCUUCCUGUUUGUUCGCUCCUCUUGUAGUUACGAGCCCCCGUUGACACCUCGCACCCUCCCCGAAAAUAUAUGCUUUGUCCAAAAUGACCCCAAGCACGUUCUGACUUACAGCCAUCUGAGGAGGACUUGUGGCCAGGCGUGGCACACCAUUCGCUCUCUUAAGGAGGACUGGCAGAGGCUGCAGCAGGGACAGAAAGCUGCCAUUAUGAGCUUGCUGAGACACAACUCGUCACUGUCUAAGCAGAAGAAUGAGAUGGUGUCCAUGCACCAGAGACUUAUAGCCAAACUGGACUUCUUCACUACCAGCCUUCACAUAGACAUGGAUAAAUACCAGGAACAGACCGCUACUGGCAUUGCUUCAGAGAAACUGCUGGGAGUGUGGAGGGAGAUGGAGCAGACUGCUGUCAGCUGUGGUCAGCCCAAAGUGAGUGAACUGGAGGAAGAGAUGAUGCACCUGCAGCAAGACAUUCUGGACGUUCAGCGGCAGCCGUGGAGGAGCGGGGAGGCUUUGGAAACACUUGAGGGAAAGGCCAUGGAGCUGCUGCGCAAACUUAGAGAGAAACCCAGAGACCAGAGGUAUUCAGGGGACGGCCAGGAGGUUGUACGGCUGGUGGUUCAGGCAGUGCAGUUCUACGAGAGAAAGCUCCGAGACUUCUACACACAUCUGAGCAAGACAGGUGUUUGUCGCCAGCGCGUGAUGAAGCUUCUGCCAAAGGUGGAAGGUGUGGUGCAGAAGAUGGCUGAAAGUGAACAAGUCCUGAUGAAUCUGCAGAAAAAACGACAGAAGGAGCUUUGGAACCUCCUGAAAGUUGCCUGUAGUAAAGUUCGAAGCCCCGUAAGUGGCAGUCCUGAUGGCUCUCAAACGCCCUCUUCAGUGCCACCCUUGAUGACCCCCCAACAAAGUUCACAGCAAUUGGACGAGUCUCUGGUGGAGGAGAACAAGAACUUUGAAAGUCGACUGCAGAGUUUGCUCCAUGACACCAUUCAGGAGUCGGAGAGCAGCAUGGAGAUGUUGAGGGAGUGGAAGUGGCUCAAUGGAAGCCAAAGUCUCUCCAGCGACCUCUCCUAGACUGUGACGUCAUCUGCUGCCAUCUAGUGGCUUGAGAGCCAACUACACACUUGUGUUCAACAGAAGGGAACAACAGUGCUUUCAAAUAUUCCCUGUCUGAAAGGCAUGUCUGCAAAUCAAAAUAUUCCAUAUAUUUUUUAUGUGUAAUGCAUUUCUUUGUUGUUUUUUUAUAGUGUAUAUAUAUAUAUAUAUAUAUAUAUAUAUAUAUAUAUAUACGAUUGUAGCUGAGAUAGGCUCCAGCGCCCCCCGCGACCCCAAAGGGAAUAAGCGGUAGAAAAUGGAUGGAUAUAUAUAUAUAUAUAUCUCAAAGGUGCCGACAGUCCACACAAUCUAAAGGUUAUACUAUUUUUUUUUUUUUAAUUCUAUUUCACAACAUUGAUGAUGGAUUGACUUCAAAGCACAAUCCGUUAUUGCUCCAAAGUAAUCUGUCCCAGUGUCAAACCAUGAACAUUAACAUCAAACUAUUUUUAAUUGCAAAAGCUCUUUUUUAGCUCGCAUUUUGACAUUCCGACUUGUCAUUAAGUGUACAGUGUAAAAAGAAGUUGGCCACUAGGGCCAAUGUGGUGUUGCCAAUGAGGCUUUCCACAGGUGCAUGUCUUUGUGGGUGGGAGGAACCCCCACAGUCACAAGGAGAACAUGCACACUCCACACAGAAAAGACCCCGAAUCAAACUCAGGACCUUCUCACUGCGAUGUACGAACGCUACCCACUGCACCACCGUGCUGCCGACUGCUAAUGCUCAAAUGUAAAUACUUUAUAACACAUGAAUUUGAUGCGGUGUCAUAAUGGCAGUUCGGUUUGUGUGACUUUAAAGGCUUUAGUUAAUGAAUAAAUAAACUUCUCAGGGAAAAUGUUUGUCUAUUUUAAGAUUUACUUCAUGUGUUACCAUUUUAUUAUAUCUUCUCAAGGGACAGUACAAUCAAAAUACACUUAAAAGUGAUACAUGUACUGUUUGGAAAUAAGUAUAAAGUUUAUUUCUUCUGAAAAUGA